AGAAAGUGACAGGUAACCCGCUGUUAUCACGUGAUAACUACAACUUCCGUUGUGUUCAACGGCUGACUAAAAAUUUGUUGUCUCCAAAUUUACGAUCACGAGAAUACAAAAAUCGUAAAAAUGGAAUGUAUUGUCGAAUUUGACUAUGAUGCUGAACAAAACGACGAAAUCAGUCUGCGAGCUAAUGAUAUCAUUAAGAACGUUAAAAAACAACCAGGUGAUGGAUGGUGGGAAGGAGAGAUAAAUGGAAAAAGGGGAUUAUUUCCGAAUAACUUUGUCAAGGAGAGAAAGGAAAAAGCUCCACCUCCUCCACCUGUUAUUUCAGAUCGACCGAAGUUUGAAAAGAAAUCCUCCGGUGGAGGAAGUCAAGUAGCAGAGCUAGCUUCCAAAAUACAAGGCAUUAAAAUGGGACCACCACCAGUACAUCAGAAAGGUUUCAGACGCGAAGGAAGUAGUAAAAGAGCACGACAAAGAGUUAGAGUAACUUAUGAAUACAAGGCCGAAAAGGAGGACGAACUAUCCAUAAAAGUAGGUGAUAUCGUUGAUGUGCUAAAACAAGAAGAAGAAGGCUGGUGGGAAGGAGAAUUAAACGGUCAGAAAGGUGUAUUUCCAUCCAAUUUUGCUGAACCUAUACAAGAGGGUAUGACUAGUGAAGAAGAAAAGGAGGAUACUGAGGAAAAAGAAAUAAAGGGUAAAAAAGUAAUGGGCGUUGGAUUGGGUGAUAUAUUUGGAAAUCAAGGGCCUAUUAAACUUCGUCCAACUGCUAAGCAUCCAGAACCACCUCCAGUAGUUAAAGAGGAAAGAAAAUUACCAGCAAAAGCUCCUCUACCUACCCCUUCUGAUUUUCCAGCACCUACAAAGGAAACAAUUUUCCAUCUUCAAUCCUAUAUAACUCCUAUUGAGAGACGAUUCAAACAAAUGUUGAGAACUCCCAGUACCAGCGAUGAACACAAAAAUAUAAUAGAUGGCAUAGCUUUCUCUAAGGGUAAAAUAUACACCAGAACUAAUCCUUUUACCGAAAGAACUGUUCUUGAAAAGUCCUUUGCUGAAGAAAGUGAAUAUUUGAAUGAACCAAUGAUAUCAGAUCGAUUCACAUACUUUAGGGGAUUACUAAAUCACAAUCGUCUACCAAUAAGCAUUAUUCGUCUUGCCAUGAAGUAUAAUUUAAAUGCUUUUGAUUUUACUAAGGAAAUCGGUUAUGAUAAACUGGCAAAGAGAGCUGAAUGUAUAGGAUAUACUUCAAAAUUUUGUUCAGACUUUAGGGAAAGGUCUAAAACUAAAACAGCAAUCAAUAGAGUUUCAAGCGCUCAACAAACAGAUUUUUCCCUAUCUAUUGAUAUAGCUAACUCGCCCAUUUUACAAAAAAGAAUUCUUAAGUCAGUCGUUGCUAAUUUGGAUAUGAAUAAGCUGAUAGCUGCGCGAUCGUCUGCAGCAGCUAUUGCAGACAGACUUCUGGAUAGAGCUAGUAAGGAUUCCACUGUAAUAUCGACCUUGUCUGAUAAAAAAGAACUUAUUGCUGAGAAUAGGAAAUCUGAAGACAUACUCCAAAUGUAUGUUGAUGAUUUCUCACCUGUACGAAAAGAUUAUUUAGCUGAACCUUUAGUGGAAAAUGCUCAAAGAGAGAAAGGCAAGGCUUUGAGAGAAAAAGCGGUUGUUGAACAUGGAUAUAAGGCUAACAACGAGGAUGAAUUAACCAUUGAAAUCGGUGAGGUUUUGACCAUUGUGGACAAAAACACUGAAGACGAGGGUUGGUGGAAGGGGGAAUUAAACGGAAGAUGUGGAAUGUUUCCCAAUAAUUUUGUAAAAUUGAUUCCACCAGGUGAAGGAUCAAAUAACAACACGCAGGAGAAACCUAAAAAACCACCUCCACCAACGACUAAUAAAGUAACAGUUGUAAAAACUGGUAUGGUUCCAUCUGGACCUUCUGCUGCUCCCCGUCCCGUUUCAGUAAUUGAAGCUGUUAAACCAGGACCUCUUAAGAAACAGCCUCCUCCUCCAGUUAGCAAAUCUCAGUCUUUGGAUCAUACUGAUCAGAAGCCAUUGGAACUGCCUUCAAAGCUUCCAACACCACCGACUUUUGAACCUCAGCAAAGAGCACAUGUUAAUUCGUCUGGAAAUACUGACUCCAAUCUAUCUAACGCUCAAUUGGAUGAACUAAGGAAGGAAAUUCAAUUUCUAAGGAAAAACACUGUUUUUAAGCAAGACUUUGAAAACGUUCAACAAGAACUGCAGUCUACUAAGGUUGAAAUGCAAACAAUGAAAGCAGAAUUUAACAAAAAGCUUCUUGACUUAAUGAAUGAGAUCGAUGAUGAGAAGAAAAAACAUCUUAGUACUCUGGUUGAAAUUGAUAGAGUUAAAAAAUUAGUAAGCUCUAAGUAA